AAGAUUGAGAAGAGGGUGUGAUUUCAGAGUUAUGAAUAUGAGGUGCUGCCUUGGCCUUGGCCUCCACAUCCCCAGGGCCUUGCCUUCUCUCUCCUCUUCUCAAUCCCUCUUUCCUUCUCUCUCUUCCAUUUCCAAACUGCAGAAAUUGCCGUCUAAUUCUACCCCCAACAAUAAAAAUUUUCAGGCAGUGGCAAGCAUCAGUGAAGAUCCCAUUGCCAAUGUUCACCAGAAGAAACCCAGUUUGGCUUUUCAAGUUGCAGCCCUUUUAGCCACUAUUGGGGAGCCAGCAAAUGCUGUAACAGGAGACAACAACCAUGAGGUUCCACUGUCAUGGAUUUUGACACAAUUGGGCAUUGUUGGAUUCUUUUACUUCCUUGUCUUUCCGCCAAUCAUCAUGAACUGGCUGAGGAUAAGAUGGUAUAGAAGGAACUUGUUGGAGAUGUAUCUGCAAUUCAUGUGUGUCUUCCUUUUCUUCCCUGGAAUUCUAGUGUGGGCGCCAUUUCUGAACUUCAGAAAGCUUCCACGAGAUCCAUCGCUGAAGUAUCCAUGGGCGACGCCGGAAGACCCAUCUCAGGUCAAAAAUGCAUACUUGAAGUACCCAUUUGCGAAGCCUGAAGAUUACGACUGGUAACUGUUUGUAAAAAUGCCUCUUCCAAACCCC